CGCUUUGGUCGCUUUGAUCGCUUUGAUAGUCUUCGAUUGCAGAGAAAGGUUUAAUUGUGCUUGUUUCGUUUACUUCGGUUUAAAUUCAACAGACUGUACGAAAAUGACGGAUCAGAGUUUAAUGGACAAAUCUUUACGAUCAGUUUUUGUGGGAAAUAUUCCUUAUGAAGCUACAGAGGAGAAGCUGAAGGAUAUAUUUAGUGAGGUUGGGCCAGUAUUGUCAUUCAAGUUAGUGUAUGAUCGUGAAACUGGCAAGCCUAAAGGUUAUGGUUUCUGCGAGUACAAGGAUCAGGAGACAGCUUUAAGUGCAAUGAGAAAUUUAAAUGGAUAUGAAAUUGGUGGACGAACACUACGUGUGGACAAUGCCUGCACAGAGAAAUCCCGCAUGGAAAUGCAAAGUUUGUUACAGGGACCAGUUGUGGAAAAUCCAUAUGGUGAGGCAGUGCAAGCUGAUAAAGCACCUGAGGCAAUCAGCAAGGCUGUGGCUUCGUUGCCACCAGAACAGAUGUUUGAACUUAUGAAACAAAUGAAACUUUGUGUACAGAAUAAUCCCAGCGAGGCUCGUGCCAUGUUGUUACAGAAUCCACAGCUUGCAUAUGCUUUGCUACAGGCACAAGUGGUCAUGAGGAUUGUGGAUCCCCAUGCAGCUGUGGGUAUGCUACAUAAAGCUAAUCCAAUACCAACCCCUCUGCUACCUGUGGAAAAGCCUCCAGUAGCAAAACCAACUCCUGUGCCAGUUCCUCCAGCUGCUGCACCACGGGAAGAGGGAUGGACAGGACCUAGCACAGUGCCAGGAGCUCCGAGAGCAGCUCCUGUUCCUCCAGUGGGGCAAAACCAAACCCCUACAUUUGUGGCACCGGAUGUGGACUUACGACCAGUGGAUCCACGUCUGUCUCGCAUGGGUGACCAAGAUCUGAGAGUGCCACCAGUUGCCCCAGUACCUGCUCCUCAAGCCGCUCCACGAGAUCUACGUGAGAAUUUUCUUCCAGAGCACCCCCAACUUGUGGAUUCAGCCGAAAGCUUUCCUCGUGAUCCUCGAGGAGCAUCUGUAGAUCGGUUUCCACCGCGUGAUCCAAGAGAGAGAGUCGAUCCACGAACUGGUGCUACUCCAGUGCCAGUAGCAGUUUCUCGCCCACCUCAGCCUGGAAUACCAGCCGCACUAGGUCCCCGUCCUGCAGGUGCUUCAACUAUGUCUCCCAUCAGUGCUGGCAGUGGUGCUUCAGAUCAAGAGAAGGCAGCACUCAUCAUGCAAGUCUUGCAGUUGUCAGAUGAACAGAUAGCAAUGCUACCACCUGAACAACGUCAAAGUAUUCUUGUUCUGAAAGAACAAAUUGCCAAGAGCACACAGCGGUAAAACAGAAAACUUAUCCUUUGUUCCACCACUGUUUUAAAGUUAUAUUAGUGGUAUUCUGUGGCAUGUAAUCUAAAAUACACAAUGAAAUAAUUUGAAAAUAGAUGCUGGAAGCUUAAGAGCAAGAACAGAAAUCAUAUAAUUUUGUGUAAGAUGAUAUGAAACUGGAUGGAACCACAACUGACAAAUGUAAAUCUAUAGUAUUAAGUGCUGUUCCAUAUGGUAUUCUAAAUUAGACCCUUAUCUGUCAUGGCCCACUGAGCCGAAGGAAUUAAUUAUAUAAUACUGCUUCUAACACCAGUUUUAGUGAAACAGCGAGUUUAAAUGACAUAAAGGGAAGCAGAUGUUACUCUCAUGAUUCAGCUUCGAUACAAAAAUGGAAUAUCCAGUAUAACUGUGUACAACCAUAAGAAGUAUACUGUAA